GCGUCCCAGUUUAGUUGCGUCUUUACAAGCUAACGUUUACACCAGCCACACAAAUCAAAUAAAUAAAUUAAUAAAUUACAUGUCUGGAAGCGUUUAAAACGUCGUAGUUCAUCUUUCCAAGUGGUUGAUUCUGACUGGAACCGAUUCGGAAAUCGAAAUCGAGUAAAAUGUUCUAUAUCAAAAAUGUGAAUUGAAUUUAUUGUCCUACGCACAAAAAAAAAAUAAUAAUUAAUAAACGACGACGGUGCCUACAUUUUUAUCAGUGAGAUUUAUCGAUGGUCGUUAGAUAAAGUAACUAAAAAUACGUAAGGGUUUACUGUGUGAACUCUGAGUGUAAUUUUAUUCGAGGUGUUUCUCUGUUAUCAAAAACCAAAAUGAACUGCUGAAACCGUUGUGGCAUACCAUUAAAAUGGAAUUCUUAAAAAAGACUUUGUUUGUUUUCGCCAUCCUCUACGAACUAACGCCCGGAGUUCAAAGUAAUUUGGAUCUGUUCUGUCAAUCCGAACUGACAGAAUGUAAAUGUGAUUAUUAUACCGGAACACUAUCGAUGGAUUGCUCGGACAUGGGUAUAGAAAAUAUACCAAACUUUUCAGACGACAGAGAACACAUUCACAGGCUUGAUUUGUCGAACAAUAAAAUCACUGCCUUCCCACUUGAGUUAAAUGAGCUAAUGACUCUGACCGUAUUAGAAUUAUCGAACAAUCGCAUUCAGACAAUCGAUGAAAAUGCUCUUGAUGGCUGCACCAAUCUUCGAUUCUUGUAUUUGAAUCACAAUAACAUUUCCAAUUGGGUGGACAUCAAUCCCAAUUUGCUACUACAACCAGCUGUUCAUUUGGAGGAGUUAAGUUUGGCUGGUAAUCCGUUAACAAGUUUCACCACAGUUGAUCAGUCGUAUGUUUUGACUAGCAGCAGUUUAAAACUGUUGGACCUAAGUGAUUGUAAAAUAACGAAAAUUGUUGGUCCAGUACUCGAUGGACUAUUGAACCUUGAACAUUUGAUUUUGAGUGGGAAUCCCCUUCACCAAAUAUCCGACCUCAAAUCCACAAGUCUACUUGCAUUAGAUUUAAGCCAAUGCAAACUCUCCUAUCUUCAGCCAACGGUUUUCUCGAAACUCCCUCUGCUAACCUACGUUAAUCUAUCGAGAAACACAAAAUUACAAUUGGCACGCAAUGUCGGUGAGUUUGUAAAAUCAGAAUCGCUGAAACGUAUCGAUCUGUCCAACUGCAACAUGGAUGCAAUUGAAUUGACUGGAUUUCCCAAAUUAACAACGGCCAUCCUACGCGGAAAUCUGAUCAAAUUCAUCGAUGGCCAAAGCUUUUUGAAUAAUGUCGAAUUGGAAAACAUUGACUUGUCGUACAAUGCCAUAAUGCAACUGGGUUCCGGGUCAUUUCGUAAAAUUAAACAGUUGAAGCAUCUGGAUCUGUCGUUCAAUGUCAUACCGAAAAUUGAAAGGGAAACGUUCAAGCAUAAUGACCUGCUGACAAGCAUUAAUCUUAGUAGAAACUAUAUGGACACUCUGCACCGAAUAACGGCCAGAUCUUUAACAUACCUAAAUAUGAGCUGGUGCGGCAUAUUACACGUUGAAUACGACGCAUUUGCUGAAAUGGGCGAACUGAUCGAAUUGGACUUAUCGAAUAAUCUAAUUUACGAUUUUCCGGUAAGCUUACAGUCAGACUCACUACAGACGUUGGAUUUAAGUAUGUGCAGGUUGUCAACAAUCAAUAACGAGACGUUCCGUGGAUUUCCGCAAUUAUCACGCAUCAAUUUGUCUGGCAACCGAUUUACCACAACAUUCAAAAGAGAAUUCUUUGACGAUAAUCCCUACAUACAGGACAUUUGGUUGGGAGAUAAUCCUUGGCGUUGUGAUUGUCGAUCGUUGGAGUUUUUCCACUUCUAUGACUAUCUUAUUGACAUCCCUGCCAAGGUUAACGAUCGUGGCCUUCUAAAAUGUAACAGUCCAGAAAAAGUGUUCGGAUUGACAUGGGACACAGCAUGCUCCGCUGAAUGGUAUGCAAAUGGUAAUACUGCUGUGGGAACAGCACAGAAAGUGUGGACAUAUAUACUGGUCACCAUGCUGGCAUUUACUGGUGUUAUGUGCCUGUACAUGAGUAUUCGUCGAUAUAUAAAGGGACGUAAACUAACACGUCUGGAAGAGGAGCGGCUACGAAAUUUAGAAGCGGCUAGAAAUACGAUGCGAGAAAAUCGCAUAAUGCUGGAACAACAAAAUCAACUAAACGCACCCGAUCCAAGGGAAUCACGACCACCAUGCUACGAAGAUGCAAUUUUGUUGCCACGCUUGGAUGGUUCGUUUGCUUCAUUAAACGAAUUAAACUCAAAGAGAUUAGGACGUCGAUCUACUUCAACAGAUAGUAACGAGCAAUUGCGGAACAAAAACCGAUGUAGGAGUGAAGAGAUGCUUUCACCUAGACAACAGUCGAGACGAACAGCGAGAUUAAGUGCUAUACGUGCAUCAGUUGCUCCCGACAAUACAAUACGUCCACGAGAAGAAAAUACUGUCACCACAUCUUCACCUCCAGUAAUAGAAGUUGCACCUCGACAAUCUUCAAUAUCGUCCGACGAUGAAGUGUAUGAACGUUUAGAAAGACUGAAUGUAUUCGACAGUACCGAGGGCAGUCCGUAUACAAGACGAAAGCAGGAAGUGCUAGCGGAACGACACAAUGAACGUGUAGCAAGUGAUGACAUUGAAAUAGUGGAGAACUUUUACAGUGACAGUAACGAUAGCAGUGGUAGUUUAGAAUCGGUAGCCAAUAGUAGCGUGGAUGACUUUUCGGUAAUAUCCAAAAAUGAAGUUUCUAGAUCUAGAUCCUAAUAACCUUUUAUACACAAGCACAUCAUGUAUGUUUUAGUUGAAUUAAUACAAAAGUACUUCUUAUUGUUGUUUAAAAUA